AUGUAUGACGGAAUCCUUCGACUGGACUUGCCGACAGGAGCAAGCCUAAUUGGUUUCGCCGACCACAUUGCGCUACUUGUGGUCGCUAAGGAGCUGGAGGUCGCCGAAACAAAUUGCAAUCUAGCUAUCGAUUGCAUUAGGACUUGGCAUAAAACGGAAGCAGUGCUGAUCAGUAGCAGGAAGAAGGUUGAAUCGGCGGUAGUCAAGGUCGGAGCCGCCCAUAUUACCUCCAAGCGAACACUCAAGUAUCUGGGAGUGACGAUCGACUCGAGGCUAAGUUUUCGAGAACACUUGCAGGAGGUUGGUCGCAAGGCUGCAGUCACCAACAGGGCGUUAUCUCGCCUGAUGCCCAACACCAGGGGCCCCAAAGAGAGUCGUCGAGCACUAAUUUCAAGCGUGACAAGGUCCAUAGCCCUCUAUGCUGCUCCUAUCUGGGCAGACGCCGUUUUCAAAAGCUUGUACAUCGGCGGCUUGGCGUCAACCUUCCGGCUGAGCUCCAUCAGAAUCAUAAGCGGUUUCAGGACCGUUUCAGACGAGGCUGCACAUGUCAUUGCCGGCAUACCCCCCUUCGAGGAAAUGGUCAGGGAGAGGGUCAUCAGUGGCCACGGCUGCUUCAGGAGCUAUUUGUUCCAGUUCGGACAUAACACAGCCGAAGAGUGCCCCGCCUGUUUCCCGACUGCGGUGGAGGAUGCCGAGCAUGUCAUUUUUCAGUGCGGUAGAUACGCAACCCUCAGACAAGAGCUGGCAGAUGGAAUUGGCGAAAGGUUAACUGUGUCGACGUUGGUUCCGCUGAUGCUGGUAUCGGCCACUAACUGGACACUGAUCAGCCAAUUUGUGGCAGCGGUCAUGAUCGAGCAAAGGAGGGCCGAGAAGGCCAGACAAAGAACGAGGGAGUAA